CGGCCGGCGCUCAGCACCUCAACUCCACCAUUGAGUCCGGCAACUUCAGCGAGAAGCUCGAGGCUCCCGUCGGCGGCGGCGUGCCGCCCACCUCCAAGCACAAGCCAUUGGAGGAGGAGGAGGAGGAGGAUGAGGACAUGGACGCCCUUAUCGACGAGCUCGAGUCCCAGGACGGCCACGCUGAGGAAGAAGAGGAGGAGGAGGAGAACCCGGCCACCGGUCGCGUCAUCCCCGAGGACCAGCUCCAGACCGAUACGCGUACUGGUCUCACGGAGCAGGAGGUCGCCCUGCGUCGCAAGAAGUACGGUCUCAACCAGAUGAGGGAGGAGAAGGAGAACUUGAUCCUCAAGUUCCUCGGAUACUUCAUCGGUCCUAUUCAAUUCGUCAUGGAGGCUGCUGCCGUUCUUGCUGCGGGUCUUGAGGACUGGGUCGAUUUCGGUGUCAUCUGCGCGCUUCUGCUGCUUAACGCGGCUGUUGGUUUCAUCCAAGAAUUCCAGGCCGGUUCCAUUGUCGACGAGCUCAAGAAGACGCUCGCUCUCAAGGCUGUUGUUCUCCGUGACGGUCGUCUCUUCGAGGUCGACGCCCCGGAUGUUGUUCCCGGUGAUAUCCUCCAGAUUGAGGAGGGUACUAUUAUCCCCGCUGACGGUAGAAUUGUUACCGAAGAUGCUUUCCUCCAGGUCGAUCAAUCUGCCAUCACUGGUGAAUCCCUUGCUGUUGACAAGCACAAGGGCGACCAGUGCUAUGCUUCUUCCGGUGUCAAGCGUGGUGAGGCCUUCCUGGUCAUCACCGCCACUGGUGACAGCACUUUCGUCGGUCGUGCCGCUGCCCUGGUCAACCAGGCUUCCGCCGGCACUGGUCAUUUCACUGAGGUCCUGAACGGCAUCGGAACGGUGCUGCUCGUCCUCGUUAUCCUCACCAACUUGGUCGUCUGGGUCUCCUCGUUCUACCGCUCCAACGGUAUUGUCAAGAUCCUCGAGUUCACUCUGGCCAUCACCAUCAUUGGUGUCCCCGUCGGUCUCCCCGCUGUCGUCACCACCACCAUGGCUGUCGGAGCUGCUUACCUCGCCAAGAAGAAGGCCAUCGUCCAGAAGCUGUCCGCCAUUGAGUCGCUCGCUGGUGUCGAAAUUCUCUGCUCUGACAAGACCGGUACGCUCACCAAGAACAAGCUCUCUCUCGCCGAGCCAUUCACUGUCGAGGGUGUUGAGCCCGAUGACCUCAUGUUGACUGCCUGUUUGGCCGCCUCCCGCAAGAAGAAGGGUAUUGAUGCCAUUGACAAGGCCUUCCUCAAGGCUCUCCGCUUCUACCCACGCGCCAAGUCUGUCCUCUCCAAGUACAAGGUUAUUGAGUUCCACCCCUUCGAUCCCGUCUCCAAGAAGGUCCAGGCCAUCGUCGAGUCUCCCCAGGGCGAGCGCAUCAUCUGUGUCAAGGGCGCUCCCCUUUUCGUCCUGAAGACCGUCGAGGAAGACCACGCCAUCCCAGAGGACGUCGACCAGGCCUACAAGAACAAGGUCGCUGAGUUCGCUACCCGUGGUUUCCGUUCCCUCGGUGUUGCCCGCAAGCGUGGCGAAGGCUCGUGGGAGAUUCUCGGUAUCAUGCCCUGCUCUGACCCCCCUCGUCACGAUACUGCCCGCACCAUCAACGAAGCCAAGACUCUCGGUCUCUCCAUCAAGAUGUUGACUGGUGAUGCCGUCGGUAUUGCCCGUGAAACCUCCCGCCAGCUCGGUCUCGGUACCAACGUCUACAACGCCGAGCGUCUCGGUCUCGGCGGUGGUGGUGACAUGCCCGGUUCCGAGGUUUACGAUUUCGUCGAGGCCGCUGAUGGAUUCGCUGAGGUCUUCCCCCAGCACAAGUACAACGUCGUCGAGAUUCUCCAACAGCGUGGUUACCUCGUUGCCAUGACUGGUGACGGUGUCAACGAUGCUCCCUCCCUGAAGAAGGCCGAUACCGGUAUUGCCGUCGAGGGUGCCUCUGACGCUGCCCGCUCCGCCGCUGAUAUCGUCUUCUUGGCUCCUGGUCUCGGCGCCAUCAUCGAUGCUCUCAAGACUUCCCGCCAGAUUUUCCACCGCAUGUACGCCUACGUUGUCUACCGUAUCGCGCUGUCCAUCCAUCUCGAGAUCUUCCUUGGUCUCUGGAUCGCCAUCCUGAACCAGUCGCUUAACAUUGAGCUUGUCGUCUUCAUCGCCAUUUUCGCCGAUGUUGCCACCCUUGCCAUUGCCUACGAUAACGCGCCCUUCUCCAAGACCCCCGUCAAGUGGAACCUCCCCAAGCUCUGGGGUAUGUCCGUGCUCCUCGGUAUUGUCCUUGCCGUCGGCACCUGGAUCACUCUCACCACCAUGCUUGCCCAGGGCGAGAACGGCGGUAUCGUGCAGAACUUCGGAAAGAUGGACCCCGUCCUCUUCCUCGAGAUCUCUCUCACUGAGAACUGGCUCAUCUUCAUCACCCGUGCCAACGGCCCCUUCUGGUCGUCUAUCCCAUCGUGGCAAUUGGCCGGCGCCAUCCUGAUCGUCGAUGUGCUCGCCACAUUCUUCACGCUCUUCGGCUGGUUCGUGGGCGGACAGACGUCCAUCGUCGCCGUCGUCCGUAUCUGGAUCUUCUCCUUUGGUGUCUUCUGCAUCAUGGGCGGACUCUACUACCUCCUCCAGGACUCGAGCGGAUUCGACAACCUCAUGCACGGCAAGUCGCCGAAGAAGAACGCGAAGCAACGUUCCCUCGAGGACUUUGUCGUCUCCCUCCAGCGCGUCUCGACUCAACACGAGAAGACCGUCUAAUCCGACACCGUCUCGACAUAAACGUCAUUUUUCCUUCGACUCAUUUUCUUUCCUUACCUCAACUUCCCUUCUUUUUUGCACACACCAUCCCCCUGGCGCCCAAUUCAAACGGAAUGCAGAAACCUUUCCUCUUUUUAUAGAUGUAGAUGGAGAUGGCGAAUUUUUAUAUAAAGCCCUCCAGCAGUUCCGGAAUUUAAUUUUAUAAAAAAAAUAAAAGAUGCCGACAGACACCGACACCGACGCCUCGAAAAACCUCUCCUCCCCUUCGAUUCAGGAGGGAGGGGAUUGCAAAGUUACAAAUACACUAUACAGCCUUUUUCUUUUGCAACUUUUUUUUUGUCAGGAAGGAAGGAUGGAUGGAAGGGGGAGAGGUGGAUGAGUGGUCGGCCGAGGUGUGGACAGGGCUGGCUUUAUACUGCCAUCUCCCUUCUUCAUCUCGUUGAACCAUGAGAGAGAGGGAAAGGGUGGGUAAAGGUAGAUCUGCAGACUUUUGAUUGUUUUGGGAAUAUUGGUGCAUGGAGAGAGGGCGAGAUUAGAAGGGGGGGGGAUAGAGUUGAUAGAGAUGGGGGGUUUAUGGAUGGAUGGGACGGUUGGGUUGUUCUUUUAGGGGU